GCCAUCAUCACUGUGGCUCAUCUCCUCAUCCACACAACUUAUACAAUCAUGCGUUUCCUGUCAGUGCUCAUGGUGUUGACCGUGAUGGUGGCCGCUGUUUAUGGCGGAUAUCGGGGAAACAGAUUUAUUGGCGGACACAGCGGAAAUGGCGCUGGAUUUAAUCCUGGAUUUAUUGGUGGAUCCGGUCAUGGAUUUAACGGUGGAUUCAAUCGAGAAUUUACUGGUGGAUUCAACAGGGGAUUCAGUCAGGGAAUUGGUGUUCGUGCAUAUGGUCAACCUUAUGGUUAUCGAGGGUAAAUCUUCCGAAGAGAAUUUAUUUGAUGAACUCCUAACUGAUGAUGUAAUAUUUUGUUUAUAAAUAAUUGAUAUGCAA